UCAAAAGGUAGAAGUACAUGUAUUUCUAAACACAUGCACGAUCUACCAGCGACUCUACUUGCCUACACGUAUAAUAUUGCGGAAGAAGGAAGCAAGCGCAGUCUCAGAAUAAAAAGUGGAAGAAGGGAAACGUGAUCUGGUCUAACAAACAGACCGCAGGAGCAAGCACGGCACGAGGUGGGCGUCAAUUGCAAAACCUAAUGGAACACGGGAGAAGACAUUCUGAGUGACACUUGGCGCGUUGAGGUACGCAUGGGGUCGUGGUAUAGCCGUGACGCAGUUAGUUCAACGGGCGGAGAUCGCUCACGCCCCAUCACUUGCUCUACACGGCAUGUUGGUAUAACAGCACCGCAUCAUUACAUGCGCGCUACUUCUAUAACCAAGCCACGCAGUGUAAAGACAACUCAAGCGCGAAUAGCACACGUUGCAGCUAAAACAACACCAAAUUACCCCUGAAGAUUUAAAGUUCAACAAGACAGUAUUAUCCUGCACUGUUGGAGGUUUCUCUGAACACCAAGUGUUUAAACUGCAUCUUAUAGCAGGUCACAGCUUCGCCCGUUCACGUCCCGGUUGACUGGUCAGGCUGCCCUGCAAAGCGUGCUCCCCGUUCUCCGGAGAAUUUAUCUAUUGCUCGGCGGUCAAGGUGUGAGAGAAAAGGACUGGGCUGUUCAAGAUUUCCUGUUUCAAUUCUCGAGCUAGAAUUUAGCUUAUGCAGUGCCGUGGAACGUUUCGACUGGAGAAGCGCGCCCGCAUAGUGCCCAGAGCCCCACUCAGGGAUUAAACUACCCUGCACCGAACCCACUCACUCGCUCGCUGGAUAUAUCGAUCCGCCACGCCGACUGGCCCCAGUUUUAUUUCAUAAAGGGGUUUCUCGUCAACUUGUGGCUGAUAUUAGGAAAUCGAUACCUCAGAAAGAGGCACGGAAGGCUCGGAUGGUGAAAACAUGAUCGCCUUCAAAGUCGAACAAUAACCUAGCCACAGGUCCCUAUAUACCUGUAAGAAAAAUAAAAUACGCCUACUGGAAGUUUAUUUGACGAAUUAACAGAGUAUCAAACCACGGUAUCAGGCUUUUCUACACCCACUGUAGAUUGCUUCAAUCGCCAUGAUGAGGAUUAUGAGUGUAUGGUUCAUGCACGGACGUUGACUCAUCCCACGUGGCUUUAUUUGUAUAAAUCUUGCCGCGGAGCUUUCUGCGCCUGCGCGUGUGACGUCAUCACAGUGUCGUCCAAUCGGAUCAAAGAGAAUACCACGGGAAUGUUGACAAUGAGAAUGAAUUCUCAAAUGAAGUGCGGAGAAUUCGACACCGGUGAUAUUUCGAUAGGAUAAGGAGUCUUGUCGUCAGGGGAAAUUCGGGCCGAUAUGCUGAAUAAGUAGAACAACUUCAUAAAUAAAACGGAAGACAGGGAGAUGCUUGUCAAAACAGUUCGUUCGCGGACGACAGGACGAAAAUAUUAGCGUGUUUCCAUGGAAGUAAGUUGGUGUUUGGAGAUGUGAGAUAGAGUUUUGACGUUCACGCUAUUGAAUUGAACCAUGAAUUGAACCUAAAUGUAAUAGCCUGAACUCUAUAUAGUGCAAACUCUGUAAAAAUAGAAUCAGUGCUGGAAUGGAGGACACCUUUAAACCUACAACUUGAUUCAAGUCAACUGCAACGUCAGCAGAGACUUAUCAGAGUUAUUCAGGAUUAUAAGAAAGUGUGUGUGUGUAGUUUUAUCAGUGACUAUUGAUUUUGUUGCUCAUCGGAAGACAGAAUUGAUCAGAAUCAUGGGAGGUCAAAACAGUGGCGGAAUACAAGACAACAACGUCGUCAAUUUCACCUUCGUUCACAACAUGGACAAUGAGUCGCGCGUGGCGUGGACCAUCAUCUGCACUGCCAUCAUGGUCAUCGCUGCGGGGGGUAACCUCAUUGUCAUAUGGAUCGUGGCCACCAAUCCCCGAAUGCGAACAGUGACUAAUUACUUCUUGUUGAACUUGGCCGUGGCUGAUGCCUUGAUCGCCACCUUAAGCAUGCCUUUCCUAGCAAGUUACAUCGUGACUCAGAAUUGGGCUCUAGGUGCCGCUAUGUGCAAAGUGGCGCGUUUCUUUGGAACGGUGUCCGUGGCUGCCAGCGUGCUUUCUCUUGUUGCUGUCUCGGUGGAUCGCUAUCGUGCUAUCGUCCACCCUCUCCUGCCUCGUCUCUCCAAGUCUUACAUCGUCUUUAUGAUCGCAGUCAUCUGGGGAGGCGCCUCCAUCUUCGCCAGUCCUCUCUUAUUCUACUCGAGGAUCUUUUCCUUCACCUACGUCGGAGAUGUGACCAAACGACAAUGCAUGGUGGUCUGGCCGGACGGAGUACUCAACCAGAUUGACUUUACGUACAACAUUACCACAUUCGCGGUGUUGUAUUGCCUACCAUUGGCCACACUAGCUGUCUGCUACACUGUCAUUGGUGUGAAGCUAUGGCGAGGAGACGUGCUGGGGGAGUACAUACCCAACAGGGCCAGACAGCUCAAGGCGAAACGGAAGGUCGUGAAGAUGAUCGUGCUAGUCAUUGCGGUUUUUGCUGUGUGCUGGUUCCCAGUGCACGUCUACCAGUUCCUUGCCUUUCUACACGAUGACAUAUACAUGAAGCCUUACGCUGUACACGUGUACCUUGCUAUCUGGACGCUGUCUAUGAGUAGUUCCAUGUACAAUCCGUUCAUCUACUGCUGGCUGAACGACAGAUUCCGAGCUGGUUUCAAGCGCGUGUUUCGUUGCCUCAUUCCCAAAAGUAAGAAUCAAAACGACCCCAAGGGCCUUGGGAGACGAAUCCCGCUGACACCUACGGCUUCUAGCGCUAUGACAACCUCGACGACCACAGGGAUCAAUCGCAACAUCGCUAAUGGAAAGCCCGCCCUCUUGUGUCGGACGAGUAUCAUGGGGAUCAGCGUAGUGGACUCGACAGAAGAUAUUUUUUAAACUGUCAGUUUAAAGGAGAGUUGGAUUGAUUGUUUCAUUAUCAUCACUACAGCCAAUAAAUUACAGAGUUUGCAUGAGACAUCAGAAAGACCGCCGCCAUUUUGUUGCCAGGAUGCUGUUGCUAGGGACACAAGUAACCUAGAAACGGCCGCUCGAUAUGCGCUAGUCAGUCUGAGAGGGGUCGUUAGAUGGUCAUGUAAACUCUGCAUUCUGUGGAGUGAAUUUAAAAGAGGGCUUUCGAUUUACUUAAGGUUGACUCCGGUGCACCGGCCCUCCACCGAAUUUAAUUAAUUAGAAAGGGACUAGAGCCUUGUCGAACUGUAGUUUGGUUGCGGUACACGUGUCUAUGGGAAACUACGAGCAAUGCAAUUAUUCUUAGUCGGUAGGCGGGGCCUGAAUUGACCACGUCACGUGUGACGCCAUGUCUGUUGAUUACCGGCAAGUAGACAACUGUUUUAAACCGAGCCAAUUUCGAACACGUUGUAAAACACAGCACUUUACUUUUCACCAAGAAAGAUUGGCGUCAGGUGACCUGGUAUUGUAAUCCCAACUGUUCUCGACCUAUCGUAUACUCAGGGUUACCAAUG